GCUUUAAUGGACUCACCUGUUAAAAUGGUCGACCACGCUGAGUAAAACCAACGGGUGAACGACCACAUUUUCUACCGCUAACUCCGGCAUUUUUUGCUGUUCAGAAGGACGGCGCACGAUCCAACUCCAAACGACGACUGCGCCUGCGCCGAACUUUUCGCAUCCGUCGGACGUCACUUCCGUAUACGCCAGACGUCACUUCCCGUUUCCAUUGGUAACGCUGGGGACGCGGAGAGAGGCGCUUUGGCAGAACUCAUAAUAUGGCGGAAGUUGAGGAAAUUCUCGAGAGGAUCGAAGCCCAUGCGAGUGUGAGUGGAACAAUCGUCGCCAAUGCAGAAGGUAUUCCAGUCCGCACGACGUUUGAGAACUCCAAAGCGGCAAAGUACGCGGGACACCUCCGCCACCUGACGGUGUUGGCCAGGAGCACGGUGCGAGACAUUGACCCUCAGAAUGAUCUCACUGUCCUCCGCAUUGGCACCAAGAACCAAGAGAUCAUGAUCGCACCAGAGAGUGACUCCCUGGUGAUCGUCCUUCAGAGAUGCGAGACAUAAGUAAAGUGAUAUAAUACCAGCGACAUCUA